AGGGGUUACAUUCAUCCCCUGCAAAGCUCUUGUAUAAUUUUUAUUAGCUAGUCUCAGUUUUUUCAAUCAUAAUGGGUAUUGUGACUUUUGAAGGGCAAAUUGAGAGCCCACUACCACCAGCCAAACUUUUCAGGAUGAUUAUCCUCGAAGCUGAUACCAAUGUCUCCAAGGUGGCGCCUAACGCUAUUAAGAACUUUGAAACUCAUGGCGAUGGAGGACCUGGUACUGUCAGGAAAAUUACCUUUGGCGAUGGUAGUCCGAUAACUCAUGUUAUUGAAACGGUUGAUUUUAUGGAUAUAGAGAAGUGCACAUAUCACUAUUCCAUAAUCGGAGGCGAUCCUACUCUUAUAGAUACAAGUGUAGUUGAGAAAAUGUCUUUCCAGCUUAGGUUUGAACAAACUCCUAAUGGUGGAACCUGUGCUAAACGGAGCGCCAAGGGCUAUACGAUCGAUGGUGCUGAAGUAAACGAAGAGGAAGUUAGGGCUGGUCUAGAAAAGACUACUCAACUCUUUUAUGGAAUUUUCAAGAUUUUUGAAGCUUAUGCUUUAGCAAAUCCUGAUGCAUAAUUAAUAUAUAUGUACGCCUAUUUUGUUUCAAUAAGCCAAGUGCAUUUUAAUAAAUAAAUAAAUUUGGUUUUUCCUUUUUUA